UCGUAACGUAAUUUCUGCACUGUUGAUUUACUAGGAGGACCUCCUUUACAGCGAAGCGAAUCAUAAUUGUUAUUAGUUAUGAUUUCGUUUUGCCACACAUAGCUUUUUAUAAUUGAUAAUGGAGGAGAGUUGUCGAAGACAACGGCGAGUACGAUGAUCAGUCAGUCGAUGGCGCAGUCUUACCAUACAAGUCGGCAAGUGCGGUACCAAGUUGGAUUAAGUCGGAGAUGAGCAUUGUUAAUUGUUAAAUAGUCGGAGGAAUUAGCGGUCAAAAGUCAAAUUGCGGUCUGUCAAUUGGGUGUUUGUGGCGAGUGUAUCAAGUACAUAGAGUGAAUAGUGAGGGUAAAGGGUGAAAAGUGGUGGACCGUCAUCAGAUGACGUAUAACUGAUAAGCUCGCGAGGGAUACGACAAAGAAGUGACGCCAUGGAAGUUACUAACCAUACCGGGUUUUUGCUGCAAACCAUGCUGUAUAUGGCCAACCAUCAGUGGAACAACAGCCUGUUCAACACGAUCCAUAAUGUGACGUUAACUAGUAAUAACACACUGCCUCUGGACGACAACCUAACCCGCUGUUACGGCGUUUACGGAUGCUUUCCGCUAGGAUAUCCUUGGGUGGACGAAAAGCGUCCCCUAGCCUACCACCCGAGGUCACCGGCCCAGGUGGACGUUCGGUUUCCCAUAUUCAACAAACCCAUUCGGGAGCACCCGAAGUUCGUUGACAUCAACGACCCGGACGACGUCAAACACUUGGGCGUUAAGGGUAAUGGGAGGUUGUACGUGGUUACACACGGUUAUAUCGAGUCGGGUGAUCGACCUUGGGUUCAGGACUUGGUCCACACCUUCCUGGAAAAUGACCCCGACGGUACGGCAAGCGUAAUGAUCAUCGACUGGCGCAAGGCUUCAACGCCUCCGUACACUCAGUGCGUAGCGGACAUUCGCCUGGUCGGUGCCAUAACGGCUCACGUGAUCCACAUGCUCUACCAGGAACUCGGGAUGCGGAACCUGGACAAAGUGCAUCUGCUGGGCCACUCACUGGGAGCUCACGUCUGCGGCUACGUAGGGUACUAUCUACAGCGAGACUUCGGUCUGAAGCUGGGUCGCAUCACCGGGAUGGAUCCUGCCGAACCGAUGUUCUCCGAUACGGAUCCAAUCGUUCGCUUGGAUCUUUCGGAUGCCAAAUUCGUGGACAUCAUCCACACGGACGCCACUCCGUGGGUAGAGCGCUGGCCACGUCCUGGCGGACUUGGAAUGUACCAAGCGAUUGGACACGUCGAUUUCUACCCGAACGGAGGCAGCAAUCAGGCCGGUUGCAAUGAUCCGAUGCAGAAGUUCAUCAACAAACAGAACGACUCGUUCUUCUGGGGCUUUCAGGAGUUUUUCGGUUGCAACCAUCUACGGUGUCACCAGCUCUACACGGAUGCCAUUCCGCAGCGGUGUCCAUUCGUGGCCAUCGGAUGCGAGUCGUAUGAGAAGUUCCUGGCGGGGGAUUGCUUCGAGUGUGACGAAGACGGACACUACUGUAUCGACUUUGGACCCAAUGCUUGGAACACGUACCGGAGACUGAUCGAGAACGGAGUGAUGAUGGAACCCAGGCCCAUCCGAGCCUACAUGAUUACCGGAGAUGAUGCACCGUUUUGUCGAACUCACUACAAGGUGACAAUGUUCAUAUCGGACAGCGAAGAGAGCCUCGUCCACGGUGGCGAAAUCGGCAAGAUGGCCGUGGAGAUGAUCGGCAGUAAGCGGGAGCGUUCCAGCCGGAUGGAACUGUCCCAGGAACCGCUCUAUUUCGAGCCGGGUAGAAACUACUCGGCCGUAGCAGCCGGGAAGGACGUGGGAAUGCCUGCGCGAGCCUUCCUCAGCUGGGAGUACAAGACGAACCCAAUGAAUCCGUUUACGUGGCGGGUGAUGAAUACGCCUCGGGUGUACGUGGCCUACAUUGUCGUGCAGACGCUGGAGCACCGGUCCAGGCAGAAGUUUUGCCCGCUGAACGAGCUGCCGGUGAAGGCCGAUCAGGACAACGAGUUCCGGGAGGAGUAUUGCAGCAAAUGAUUGUUAAGUGGUAGGAAUUGAGUAUUUUUAGAAUAAAAUAAUGCAGUCUAGUGUAGAA